AAAACAUGUAUUUUUCAAGCUAACAUAAAAAAAAGACCGUGUAACACUAUCAACAAAAAUAACAUUCAAACAAUCAUACUAGCGUAUAACCUAGGUUGAUCAAAAUAUGUCUCUUAUGGCACAAGACACCACUCCCCUAGUGUUAAACGUAACACGAGGGGAGCCCGAGCUUGUGUGUCCGGCUAAGGACACACCCCGAGAGCAGAAAGUGCUCUCGGAUAUUGACGACCAAGAAGGACUUCGGUUUCAGAUGCCGGCCAUUAUGUUUUACCGGGCUGACCCAUCCAUGCAAGGGAAAGACCCGGUGAAGGUGGUCAAGGAUGCUUUAGCUAAGGCUCUUGUGUUUUACUAUCCUUACGCUGGUAGGCUAGUAGAAGGUAACAAAAGAAAGCUUAUUGUUGAUUGUACGGCUGAAGGUGUUCUCUUCAUCGAGGCUGAUGCCGAUGCUACACUCGAUGAUUUCGGGGGUGAAAUUCAUCCUCCUUUCCCUUUAGAUGAGUUGCUUUGUGAGAUUCCUGGUACUGAUUCAAUGAUUGGCACCCCCUUGCUUAUAGUUCAGGUAACACGUCUUAGAUGUGGUGGAUUUAUUGUGGCCCUUCGAUGCAACCACGCCAUUAGCGACGGUACUGGCGUAAUGCAACUAAUGAACCUCGUAGGCGAGAUGGGGCGUGACUUUACCACCCCAUCCAUCCUCCCGGUUUGGGAUCGUGAACGUUUAACUGCUAGAGAGAACCCUAAAGUCAGCUUCCCUCAUCCCGAGUACGAUCAACACGAAGACAGUCACCAUGACUCCAAUGGUGAAGUAGUUGACCUUGUUCAAAAAUCAUUCCUCUUUGGGCCAACUGAGUUUGCUGCCCUACGUCGCCAUGUCCCUUCACAUAUCAAACAGUUCUCCACAUUUGACAUACUUAGUGCUUCGCUAUGGCGUUGUCGUACCAUAGCCCUUGGACUUGACCCUGAUCAAGAGGUCCGUUUACUCUUUGCUGUUAAUGCGAGGAAUAAGUUUAACCCGCCCCUAGAGAAGGGAUACUACGGAAAUGGAUGUGCAUUCCCGGCAGUUUGUGCUAAGGCAGGGGAUAUAUGCAACAACGAUGUAGGAUAUAUUUUGGAGUUAAUAAGGAAAGUUAAGAAUGAAGUUAAUGAGGAAUAUAUGAGGUCUAUUAUGGACCUUAUGGUGACCAAAGACAGGCCACAUUUCACCGUGCAACAAACCUACGUGGUAUCGGACCUUAGACAUUUAGGUUUUGCUGAUGUGGAUUUCGGAUGGGGGAAGCCCGUUUUUGGAGGACCCGCGAGUAAUGGGUCGGUACCGGAUGCAAGCUUCUUUAUUUCCUUUAAGAAUAUCAAAGGAGACACUAUGGUGAUGGUGCCAGUUUCAUUGUCGCCACCCAAAAUGGAUGUUUUCAUGAAGGAAUUGCGAGGGAUGAUUGAAGCUCAAUUCUGAAUAUAUAUCUGUAGUCAAGUUUUUUUUUUAAUGUACCUUCAAAUAUGUUAGCCGUGCGAUUUAUGUAUCCGACUAACUAUUGCCUUUGUAAAUGAUCGUGUUAUAAAUCAUUCCUAAUAUUAAAAUGUUCAAUUUGUAUUUCA